AUGCCAGUAAACCUCUCCCAAUACCCCAAACUCACCCGCAAACAAGCCGGCCACCUCCGGCACUUCCACAACCUCAGCAGCGCCCCCGACGGCGACUGGCCACACAUGGGCAGCGAGGAGCCUGCCCAGGAGUUCCGAGACGCAUACCGGUACCAGCUAGCGACAAUGGCUUACGCCUCUGCACUAACGCACUACCACCGCCUUCCCGCCAUGAGGAGUCUCUUCAAGACCUUACUCCACCGCCUCAUCACCAAGAUGCUCCGCCGCGAGGUCUGGGGGUACUGGUAUCUGACCUCGCAGUCGGGGGUGAAGCUAGAUCCGGAUCUGAAGGAGCUGCGCAAACCGUGGGCGGACCCUGUUGCGAGGGAGAAUAUAAUGUAUAGCGGGCAUUUGCUGCUCAUGACGAGUUUGUAUGCGAUGUUGUUUGAUGAUGGGGAGUUUGAGAGGGCGGGCAGUCUGACGUUCCACUGGAAUCCGUUGUGCUGGGGUAUGAGCGAGGAGGGGGAGAGGUUUGAGUACGAUAAUCGCAGUUUGCAGGCGGCUAUUGUGGAGGAUAUGGAGAGGAAUGGGUGGAUUGGGUCGUGCUGUGUGCCGAAUCUUGUUUUCGUUGUCUGCAAUCAGUUUCCGAUUAUUGCGAUGCGUCUGAAUGAUGUCCGAGACGGUACGAGUGUCGGCAAAACGGUUCUAGAGAAAUACAAAGACGCUCUCGAGAAGAGAGACAUGGUCUCUAGCGACGACCUGUACAAGGAGUGGUUCGUGUUGAAACAGAGACACACCAGGCCAGCGGCAGGAAUUGCACUCACUGCAUGGACUGCUGCAUUCAUGAACACCUGGAACUCCGAGACCGUUCGCUCCGGCUUCGAUAUCCAUGUUAAAGGGUUCGUCACUAAGAUCAACGGUGAGGUGGAGCUGCACCAUCCUUUGAUUGCAUUUGCCUAUCGAGAGGCCAUGGCCAAGGCGGACGUAGCCCAGGACUCUGCUCAGAUACGCCAGGCUGCGCGGGAGUACUACAAAGAACAUAAGACAGAUAUUGACUUCCCUUACUGUGAACGGAUGUUUGGAUACGUCGUGAAAUGGCUUUCGGAGCUGGGAAAGAGCACUGAAUUGGACGGGCUGCUUUCGUAUGCUGAUACAAAUCUUCAGCCGACAUGGGAGAAUGGAGGACUCUACUACCCACGCAAUAAUAACGCCACAGAUGAUGAGGGGCGCUGGACUUACAUGGACCCAUUCACCGGUAAUGCGGCGAUUGGAUACGCACGACUGAAUGUGGAAGAUGGGAUGAAGAAGAUUUAUGACGAUCCCUGGACCCGUGAGACUCUGCAAAGCCGUCCGUAUAUAGAUGGUCUUGAUCUAUCAGAUGGCGUUGACUGUUUGAGAGGCCUGUGGGAUUCUGAGCAGGGUGCUGUCAUUGUGACUCUCUACGAAUGGGCUGGACUGGGUGCCGGUGUUUCCUUUUCGGUGGAGAAUCUGCCGGCUGGUAGCUGGUCGGUUUAUACAUCGGAGGGAGACUGCACAAAGUAUGAGCUUGCAAAAGGCGGACGGAUUAUCGUGAAUGCGACGGUUGGGGUAAAGGAGGAGGUUGAUUUCGUGGUACUCCUGGACAAAGAAGUUGCGUAG